CAAGCUGGAGCGUCAACCACGAAACACAGUACAAUAUAAGGAGGGCCAGUAAAUCCGCCUUCCUCCAAAUGCUACCAAAAUGUCACUAUUCACAGCCCAUGUCUUUCCAGGACAGGCUUUGGGCUUUAUGGUACUGGGAACAACCCUCCACGAUAUCUUAACACGACUGAAAGCCGAACCGCAACGAUUCCCAAAGCUUGAUCUCGUGUAUGAUCAGUCGUCGCCAGUUACAGAGCCAGUCAUUGUCAUUCUGCCGCCGAACGGCAUCCGUCUGCGAUUCGAUGGGCCAGAACAGCGACUGCGACUGAUAGAGGUGCUGGACUUCACCAAGAGCCAGCUCGCAUACAAAGAUAAAGAUGUCUUGCGCCCAGGGAUUACCACGCAGGCUGGAGCAGCGCAGGUAGAGAGCUUGUCGGGACCUACUUUUCGACAUAUCUAUAACCGUCUCCUUGGCCCAACCUUCCCAGGAGAGUACAUUGGGCCAGAGCCGGGAGAUGAGACUGGGAUGGGAUUGUAUGUGCUUUCAUAUCCCGGAAUCGCUUUCUCUUUCCCAUUAUCAAGCUCGGUAUGGUCUCCGAGUAAAGACUUUGUGUCUCUUCUAUCCUCUUCUGCCAGUCAUCCGGCUGCCUCGAUGGCUAUCUUUCGUGGAGAUUCAUGGCCAGACGCGAGAGAACGGCUAUACGUCCAGACACUGGACCCUCGAGAUUCCUUCACUUCCCUUAUGAAGGGUAAAGAGCCUGUACCGGAUGAGGUUAAGCAAAUAAGGAUAUAUGGGGAGGGUCAACUGGAACUUCUACGAGCGGAUGGCGUAGUGCCAUUCUGGAUCAAGCUUGGCCUUACGUCGCCACAAGAACUCGUGGCUAUACUCGGUCCUCCUGAUGCCAUAUAUCGGAAGAACGACCAGAGGAUGUCGAUUCAUAAAGCUCGACCUCUUUCUAGAGCCCACGCCAGAUCAGAUUCGACAGAGAUGAGGCUGCAAGAUGACUCUACGGACACGGAUCAGUCCUCUGCGCAUACUGCAACUGAUGAAUCUGAAGAUGAUGAUGAGGGUGGAGAGGCAUGCGGGAACGUUUCUGGAGAAUGUUUCUACAACUACUUCUAUCAUGGAUUCGAUAUCCUGCUCUCUACUCCUACAACGCCAUCACAGUGCCCGCCAAGCAAGCAAGCACUGGGUCGACAACAGGAACCUGAAGGGAUUAUACCAUCUGAUGGAUCCGGUCGCCUGGUUGCUUCAAAGGUAAUCCUACACGGCAAUGUACCUGGUUCGUACCCUUUCAAUCGGCACAAAAGAUGCCGAUGGGAAAUUCAGUACUUGAUUCCCAAGAAAGGGGAACUUGUUGUCAACUCGGAGACGCCUUUCAAGGAAAUCGAGAAAAGGUUACACAAUGAGUGGAAGAGCAUCUACCGCAAUGAUGAGGAGGCUAAGGCACGUCAGCGCGGAAUGGUACUGAACCGUGAUUGGGGAGAUAGUCCUGGAAGCAGCUGCGAGCUACUUGGUGGUUGGGAAGAUAGCGUAGGGGGCAAGAGGGCGGACGCUGCAGGGCCGGAAGAUGUGAAGGGUUUGGGCAACACCACUCUUUUUGGAUUUCCCGGUUUAGUGUUUGAGGUAUUGAAGAACGGUAUCGUGAGUGGGCUCACGGUUUUUUGAUACUGCAUGUGGAAUAUUGGUUAACAUAGCAUGCAUUGGAGUUUCGUGGACCUCUUGGGCGUGCAUGGAUGGUUUUGUUUAUUUGCACAUUUUGGAGGCGCAAGGGAAGCAUAGGAUAGGAUCUUUGGAAGGAUAGAUUCAGUCAGCUAGAAAUCACAACGGACCAUAUCCCAU